AUGCGGGUUUUGUUUGUGUUGAGUUUGUUUGUUGUUAGUGUUGGUGCUACUGAGUAUGGAAGGUUCUUUCAUGGGUUCGAUGGUAAGUUAGGGAAUGCUUUGUAUUCUUUGAAAUCUUACUGUUAGGAUGGGAUAGGGUAGAGUAGGAAAGGAUAGGGUAGGGUAGGGUAAGGUAAGGUAAGGUAAGGUAACGUAAGGUAGGGUAGGAUAGGGUAGGGUAGGAUGGGGUAGGAUAGGGUGUUAAUGAACAAUAAAACCUAAUGUCAUUCCAAACCAAAUAAAAAAUUUUAGAAAAAGCAGAAUCCAUGCUUCAAAACUUCACUAGUGGGCUGACAAAGAAUGAAACAGCGAUAUUUCUGGACAUUUUUGGAAGUCAUAAAGAUGAUGACAGAUUGGCUGAAAAUGAAGACUUGUGGAAUCAACCAGAAGUGGUCGAUAGACUUGUUAUGUUAACCGAAGAAAUCUUGGAACAACUUAACGUUAGCAAGGACUUGAAUACCUAUUUUAGCAAGGUAGAACAUUUCAAAAUGAAAAUUUAGUUUUUAAAAAUUUUUUAAUAUUUUUUUAAUUUCAAAAUUUUUUGUAUUAGUUUUAAAUUUCAAAGCUUUAAGCCUAAAUUAAGAAAUUUGAAAAAUUAAAAAAAUUUUGGGGCUAAUGAAGAAACGUUACCCAGUGCAUUAUCGUUCCCAACGGUGCAUAAUCGUUUUCCCAAUUUUUAUUCAUUUUUACAUUUCAACACCGAAAAAAAAAGGAAUAAAAAGCCAUCAUGAAAGUUUUCACAUGGGGGAAUGAUUAUGCCUUUACGAGUGGGGAAUGAUUCUUCGGUUUUGGGGGAACGAUUUUGCAUGAGCACAUUUAAAUAAAAAUAUCUGAACAAAUGCUGAAUGACAUUUUGCUCUUACAGAGUAUUCCACCAACAAUAGAAAUGGCUAAAAACCAAAUUGUAAACUCGCCAGUCGCUAGAGAAAAGACAAGAAAAGCUUUGUCAUACAUUAUGGAACUUUAUGACAAAUUGAGCACAGAGGAGAAAGCUAUUGUUAAGGAAGUUGAUGAGAUGACCGUACUUUUGCUUGAACGUGAGUCGAUUUUUUUUAACUGACGUGGGCAAUUGAUAACAUGAAAAAAUGGGCUGUCUUUAUACUUGGCCUCUUUUAAAUUUGCAUAUUGCAGUUCCGAACCUGACAUCCUUUUUUAAGUCCCUUAACCUCAACGUUCAGUCCCAAACGUUGGGCCCCGAAAGUUCCUAACUCUUUCAGGUCUAGAGUACUAAACUUGCUUGUCAAAUUACUCACCCCUAAAAUUCCUGACCUCUAGUAUACUACUAGCUAGUAUAUAAUACUAAAAUUACUUGUCAAGACUGAUAACAAUAACAAAAAUCUAUUCUUAAAUAAACGACUCAAACACUUGUAGAUGAGGGCCUCCGUUCCCAACUGAAAGAAACCGAAGAACCUAGCACAACAAUGGUUUCAACUACAGAAACAAUGACAAUGUUAAAAACAAACCGCGUUUCGAAGCCAAAUUCUGCGUCUUCUAUCAAAUUGACAUUGUUCAUGCCUGUUUUGUCAUACUUGAUUGUCACUCAUCUUUUAUAA